GGCCGCUCCGCGAUGCACAUCGCCGCGCGCUACGACUCGCACGCCGUCGUGCGGGUCCUGGCCCAGCUCGACGGCGACGUGGAACUCGCGGACACGUACGGCAAGACGCCGGCGCACUACGCGGCGGAGAUGGGCAACGAGGCCGCGCUCCGGACGCUGUCGCGGCUCGGCGCGGCGCUCGACGUCGAGACGGACAACGGCAAGACGUGCGCGGCGCUCGCGGCGGCCAACGGCCACAACAACAUGCUCCUGCUGCUCCACUCGUUGGGCGCCGACGUCGACCAGCGCGCGCUGAACUUCGCGGGCCGCACGCCGCUCCACUUCGCCGCGGGCAACGGCCACCUGCAGUGCGCGCGGACGCUCCUGCGGCUCGGGGCCGACAUCAACGCGACGGACACGGCGCUGAACACGCCCGUGCUCCACGCGGCGCUCAACGGGCGCAAGGACGUCGUCGAGGCCCUCGAGGAGCUC